GCUAUUUAGUCACAUUGCUGUGUGUGUUAUUGUCGUCGACGUUGUUGUUAUUAUUAUUAUAUUUAUUUUUCUUACAACGAGUCCAUCUGAACAGUGGCUCCGACAGUGGUUAAGGUUGACUAUUUGUCCACCGAGGUUCAGAGUUUUGCUCUUGUCUUCUUCUUCUUCUUCUUCUUCUCCUUUCAUUGCUUGAUCUUCCCUAAUUUUCCACCUCCUCAAUGGCGAUUUCUUGUUUCUCUCUCACAUCAUUCUCCAAAAUCCCAAAACCCACAUUUCCAAGAGCCUCAAUUCUCACUCCCCCUGCCAUCUCACCCAAACCCCACCUCAAAUUCAACCCCAUUUUCAAACCCUCAACUCUCUCUCUCUUCCUCCCAAUCCAAAAAAACCCAAAAACCCAUUUGAGAACUCGAUUCGAAUCCCACAUCUGUUGCCUCUUCACCGGCAUAGUUGAAGAAGUGGGCGAGAUUAAGCAACUGGGUAUCGCCGAAGAUGGCGGAUUCGACAUGAGAAUAGCCGCAAAGACCGUUCUUGAAGGCGUAAAUCUCGGUGACAGCAUUGCUGUUAAUGGUACCUGCUUAACGGUCGCUGAAUUCGAUACCCAAUUGUCCGAAUUCACUGUCGGUUUAGCGCCGGAGACACUACGGAAGACCUCGUUGAUCGAGCUCGGGCCAGGCUCGCUCGUGAAUUUGGAGCGGGCAGUGCAGCCCACGAGCCGAAUGGGGGGCCAUUUUGUGCAGGGGCAUGUGGAUGGGACUGGGGAGAUAGUGUCAAAGGAGCCUGAGGGGGAUUCCUUGUGGAUCAAGGUGAAGACUGGGAAGGAGUUGUUGAAGUAUAUAGUGCCCAAAGGGUUUAUUGCUGUGGAUGGGACUAGUUUGACAGUUGUGGAUGUGUUUGAUGAUGAGGAAUGCUUUAAUUUCAUGUUGGUAGCUUAUACUCAGGAGAAGGUGGUGAUUCCUUUGAAGAAUGUUGGGCAGAAGGUGAAUUUGGAGGUGGAUAUAUUGGGGAAGUAUGUGGAGAGAUUGCUGAGUAGUGGGUUUGUUGAUUCUAUUAAAUCUUCUUGACAAAAAGAGCAUCAAGGGGAUGGAGGGCCUUAAUGAUAUGGUAAAUCUCAAGUUUGUCUCGCGGGUAGAUUUCCAGCUGUUCACUCCUCGACCCUUGACACUCUUUUUCCUUGGAAACCUUUGUGGCGCUCAAAGAUCCCUCCUAGAGUUGCUUUCUUCUUGUGGACUGCCGCUUUAGGUAAGAUUUUGACUCUUGAUAGAUUAUGGAACAAGGGUGUCCCUGUCAUUAUGUGUGUAAAAGGAGUGGGGAAUCAGUAAAUCAUCUUCUUCUUUUUUGUCCCAUUGCUUUCGAGCUAUGGUCUAUGGUGUGAGCCCUUUUUGGUGUGAUUUGGGUUAUGCCACAAAGCGUUACGGAUUUAUUUACAGCUUGGCAAGGCCCUUUUGGUAGACAUUGUAACAUUGACUUGUGGAGGGAUGUCCCACAUUGUGUUUUAUGGUGUAUUUGGCGAGAAGGGAACACUAGAUGCUUUGAGGGAAAGGAACGGUCGAUUCUUGAGAUUGAAUCUUUCCUCCUCCACUCUUUGCUUGAUUGGAGUUCUGUUUUAAUUCUUUUUCAUGUUCUAAUCUUUUAAAUAUGCUUAAUCAUUGUAAUUUACGAGCUUGAUGUACUCCUAUCCAUGUACACUUCUGGUGUACCUGGCUAUUUUGAUUAAUGAACUUUCAUUAUUUAUCAA